UUUCAUUUUAACGAAAUAUUUGAAAUACCUUGACUCUUUCCUCAAAAUAACAGCUUCUAUCCUCCUUCGUCUUACGCGCGAGGUUUCCAUUUCUGCUACUUCUCUCUAACUUUUGUCAGGGGCCUUGCUGUUGUCACCGUUCGAAUCCCCUGUGUUGUUCAUCUACGACGAAGAUAUUUGAGAUUCAAAAACUAACGGUGGGCAAUCAUCAAGACAACAUCAUCACCAAUUCAAUUUGAAAUAAAAUACGAUUGUUCGUAGAAGCCAAGUCAGGCCAGUUCACCAAACACAAACUCUUGUCUCUCCAAUGGCGGCCUAUGGCAAUGCUGCUCCAUACAGAUCAAGGGAGGGUCUUAGCACAAGACCAGCAGCUAGCUCUGAUGAAAUCCAAUUGAGGAUUGAUCCAAUGCAUGCCGAUUUGGAUGAUGAGAUCACUGGUCUCCGAUCCCAAGUGAGAAGAUUGAGAAAUGUAGCGCAAGAUAUAGAGGCGGAAGCAAAAUUCCAGAAUGAAUUUCUCAAUCAACUGCAUAUGACGCUGAUGAAAGGUCAAGCAGGGUUGAAGAACAAUGUCAGGAGAUUGAACAAGAGCAUCGUCCAGAGUGGAGCAAACCAUGUUGUCCAUGUAGUGGUUUUUGCGCUAAUUUGUUUCUUUAUGGUAUACCUUUGGUCCAAAAUGUUUAGAUGAAGAUUUCAAAGGUACUUCAUGCCUUCCAAACUCUUUUGUUCAAGGCUAAAACAGGGUUCUGGGGUACACAAAUACUAGUUUCAUUGUAAAGCCAUCCUCAUCCUCCUAUUAGAAAACUAGUUGAACAUCCUCAAGUAUCUCAAAAUUUUGUGCUUAAAGCUUGACUCUUGAAGAAGUGAUCUAUGUAAGAAAGAAACUUUAUGUCAUUGUGAAAAAUCCCCACAAAUCUUUUCAGCAGCAUGAGUCUCCCAA